AUGGAGAGCUCUGUUGGGUUGAAGGUCCUCAGCCAGAGCUCAUUCCCAGGUCCUGUCUCGAGGGACCUCCUAGCAAUAAGUCCUACUAUCGACCUGUCCGUUUCUGUCGGCGACGAUGGCAGCACACUGUAUAUCCGGAGGCCUGGCGGUGACUUGGUCUCCAAGCUUACAGAGAGAGGCCGGACGGUACAAGCUCUACGCUGGAAAGCUGAUGGUCAAUUUCUAGCCGUGGCAUGGAGCGGGGGUGUAGUUCGGUUGAUGAGUCUCGAGAACAGCAAAGCUGUACAUACUCUCAACGUCAGUGUUGAUUCAGACCCGAAUAUCAAGUACAUUGGCUGGGCGAGGAACCUCACAGGCAAACGGGGGUUCGGAAAGUCAAAAGCAGCCGCUGGAUCAUGGCGGCGAUUGCUAUCACAACAAGGCUUUGAAAAGGAUGAAGAAAAGGAGCUUCUUGACCUGCCGCACGAAUUGACCUUCCUCGAGGUGGACACUGCGCUGCCAAAGCUCAGUCCUCUGCCCGUUUCUGGUGGCUCUGGUGAUGACAUGUUUGUCUUCUCAACUCGGACAUCGCUGGAGUUUGUAUUCCAGCCUAUGAAGGCCGAGGAUGCGGACAAGGUCGACGUCAUGAUCCUUGGCACGGCCGACGGCGGCAUCCAGCUGAGCCUCUAUGACACUUUUGUCAUUGGCACUUUCGGCUAUCCUCCGAGGCGGCAGUCACUGAAAGAUCUCCCUGCUGCCAUGCGUCUUUAUAGCCAUGCCUCCCAUGGAUCCAUUUCCACCCACUCACUGUUGCUCACUGAAGCUCAAGCCAAGGGAGACCCAGUAGCGCUACACCUUGUCCCAAUCGACCUCCCGUUCAUACACUCCUCUCCAGUCAACCUAGCUCUACUAGCAUCGAAAACCACAACAUUACAAAAGCUUCUCCGUUAUGUGAAGCAAACGCAGGUCCACAUGGUGGGCGAGUGGCAAGCAGCCAGAGAGCUGCCUGCUAGGUUCAUAGCUGGUGUUCAAGAAGAGCUUGAGAAGCUCCCAGGAGGCACAAUGACGAUCAUACAGGCCUUAUUCCAUACGGUACUGACGGGUCAUACUUUCCCAGCCGUCAGGGAGUGGCUUGUUGACACGCUGGCCGAGCGAGGACACAAACGAUGGGACAAAGCCGUCAUGUCCGGUCUGGAGAACCUCAGGGGCCUCGUCCACGAGAACAUGAUCCCGGCCCUAGAGCGCUGCGCCGUCAUCCUCAGCCGCCUGCAAGGGCUGGCCAAGUUCCACGAGGACACCGAGGACAUCGGCUUCAAGUCGUCCCAGAUCACGCGCAUCAUGGACGUCGUGUCGUGCCUGACCCUGGUCUCGCACAAGAUCCUCCUCCUCGUGAUGGAGGAGCUGGACCUCUUCACCGUCUUCUCCUCGUGGCUGCGCCUGCAGAUCGACAAGCUCGCGAGCCCGAGCCAGUCCGAGGAGCUGUCGGAGAAGGAGGCCACGAUGGACUACAGCAAGGUCCUCGCCUACAUCGAGGGCCAUCUGCAGGUCAGCCCCCUGGGCCUGUUCCUCAACCAGGUGGCCCCCGAGGACUGGAGCCGCGAUUGGGAGUACAUCGAAGACGGCGUCUCCCUGCUCGAGAUGCUCGACAAGCAGCUGCAAAAGUACGAGGAGGGCAGCCCGCACAUGAAGGCCUUCCCCCGGCUCGACUUCCUGGUCGACUACCUCGCCACGCGGGCCAGCACCGUCUUCGAGGGCAUCGCCGAGACGCAGAAGCGCUGCGUGCGGUUCGGCCAGGGCACGCGGUUGGACAUCGGCUCGCCGAUCAGCAAGGCGGAUAUCCGCGUGGUGCCACUACCCAGAGAUGAGGGCAUCGACAGCCUCACCUUCACAGCUCUCGUCCCGCAGACCGAGCCCAGCUACCUCUACAUCUUCCGCACGAGCGUGCACAUCAUCAACGGCAUAAGCAGCAGCGUCUGGACCCAGGCCGCGGGCCUGGACCUCGCCGGCGGGCGCAUCAUCGACGCCAAGUUCCUCGGCGACGAGACCUUGCUCGUCCUGUGGCGGAGCAGCAGCAGCAGCGUGACGGAAGGCGGCCCGCAGGCCGCCGCCGCCGCCGCCGCCGCCGCCGUCAAACUCGUGGCCGUGCCGCUGCAGGACACGCGGCUACCGUACAAGGGGUACAUAGAAGGCUCGGCGGUCGAGGCGCCCGUGCCCGUCUCGGUGGCGGACUCGGGCUGGUGGUCUGCGGAUGUGCCGGUCGAGAAGGCCGGCGGCUCCUCGGUCCCGAGCGCCAUGGAGGUCGUGGGGCCGAGCAGCGCCCGGGGCGAGAUGCCGGCCCGGGUAUGCCUGCUGGGCAAGGACAGGGUUACCUUCAAGGUGUUUGGGCUUCCCGACAAGCUGGAGGCAUGA